AUGCUGAUGCAGAAGGAUUACGCUGUCUGCAGUGCUCAUUUCGAUAAGGACGACAUCCUUCCUAAAAGAGCUGCUGACCCAAAGAACCCAAAGAAAGUGUCAUUGAAGAAGAAUGCUAUUCCAGGAGUGCAGCAAGUGGCUACGGAUAGACUUGAGGCAAAAGACUGUAGAGGCUCCCAGUGCAUUAGGUUACAGUGUCAGCGGUCUGUAUGGUCUCCUAGGCCGUCAGAGAGAGAGUGCACCGAAGGACUCCUGAAGGCCAAGCUUCGCAGUAUCAUGAGUUACCAGGACCUGGACAACGUCACGUCCAAACAGAUCCGCACAGAGCUGGAGCAGCAUAUGAGCUGCAACCUGAACGAGUACAAGGAGUUUAUCGACAACGAGAUGCUUCUGAUCCUGGGUCAGAUGGAUAAGGCCUCACUGAUCUUCGACCACCUCUACCUGGGCUCAGAAUGGAACGCGUCUAACUUGGAAGAGCUGCAGGAGACAGGAGUGGGCUACAUCCUCAACGUGACCCGGGAGAUAGACAACUUCUUCCCUGGGACAUUCUGCUACCACAACAUACGUGUGUAUGAUGAGGAGGCCACAGACCUGCUGGCCCACUGGAACCAUACCUACCACUUUAUCCUCAAGGCCAAGAAGAACAACUCCAAGUGUGCAGUGCAUUGCAAGAUGGGUGUGAGCCGCUCGGCCUCCACGGUGAUCGCCUACGCCAUGAAGGAGUACGGUUGGUCUCUGGAGAAGGCCUACGGCUUCGUCAAGCAGAAGAGGAGCAUCACCAGGCCCAACGCCGCCUUCAUGAGGCAGCUGGCCGAGUACGAGGGUAUCCUGGACGCCAGUAAACAGCGCCACAACCGGCUCUGGCACCCGGACAUCGACUGUGAGAUGUCCACUGACGGCCACCAGGGGAUUUCCCAGUGCUGCCAGUGGGCCCCAGCGGAGCCAGGUGGCGUGUCCCCCUCCCGCCUGACCCCGGGCUGGGUCGGGGGGCUGGACGUGGACCCGGCUUACAACAACUACUACUUCCGCGGGCUGUCGGACUCUGCGCUGGAAAGCGAGCCGUCCACGCCGGUGCGCGGCCCGGGCCCGCUCCUUAACAUGGACAAGGUGUUCAUUCAGAUCGAGGAUGUGGAGCGGGACGCGCUGCUGGACGACGAGGGUCCCCCGCCCCACCUAGGGGCCGGAGGCGGCGGAGUCACGGCGGAGGGCACAGCCGGCCUGGGGGCCCUGGAGGGCCGCCUGGAGUUCAGUACCGUAAAAGAGGAGGACGAGGAGGAGGUGCGCAAGGAGGAGGCAGAAAUGGAGGUGCUGAUGCAUCCCAAUGGAGGAGGAGGAGGGGAAGGCACAGGGAUGGACUUGGUAUCACUGAAUGAGAGUUCAAACAAUAACAAUAAUAACAACAGAAACAACAACAAGCGCCUCGCUGUAAGUUUUGAAACAAGAGCAGCAUGUUGACCAUCAUGCUGUGGGACCGCUACAUUGUUUCAGCAUAAUCUCUAACCACACCUGCUGCAGAGCAAUGCAACCAUCAUUUAUUUUGCUUUAACCCCCCCACCGUCUUUAGUUUUUAGUCUCUGUGUGUGUGUGUGUGUGUGUGUGUGUGUGUGUGUGUGUGUGUGUGUGUGUGUGUGUGUGUGUGUGUGUGUGUGUGUGUGUGUGUGUGUGUGUGUG